GGCAGAUGGACAAUCUCACCGACUGUGGACAGGAUGCUCGUGAGUGGAGUAAGGAGGGCUGGUGAGCUGGAACUCAAUGAGUGACACUCGGGAAUCUGGGUAAUAUUACUGCACUGCCAGAAUGAAACUUACCCUCCUACUAACCUACUGCCUGUCCCUGCUGCCAGCUGUCCAAGGAGCACAGGGAAAAUUUGCCUACAAACUUAUGAACGACUUGUUUGCCAAUUAUUCUAACGCUCUUCGUCCGGUGGAAGAUAUGGACAAAGCCAUGAAUGUCACUCUACAGGUCACCCUGUCCCAAAUCAUUGACAUGGAUGAGAGGAACCAGAUUCUGAUGGCUUAUUUGUGGAUCCGACAGGUGUGGUUUGACGCCUACCUGCGCUGGAACAAGGACGAUUAUGAUGGGCUUGAUACCAUCCGUAUACCUAGCAGUUAUGUAUGGAGACCUGAUAUUGUCCUAUAUAACAAUGCUGAUGACCAGUUCACAGGGUCCAUGGAAACCAAUGUAGUCAUUCGUUUUGAUGGUCAAAUUAUGUGGGAUUCUCCAGCCAUUACGAAAAGCUCCUGCAAGGUUGAUGUCUCCUUCUUCCCAUUUGAUGGUCAGCAGUGUCGCUUAACAUUUGGCUCAUGGACAUAUAAUGGAAAUCAGAUUGACAUUCUCAAUCAUUUAGAUACGGGGGACUUGACAGACUUUGUGGAGAACGUGGAGUGGGAGGUGCUCGGCAUGCCAGCCAAGAAGAAUGUAAUCACCUACGGGUGUUGUUCUGAGCCUUACCCAGAUGUCACCUACACCCUUCUUUUGAAGAGGAGAGCUUCCUUUUACAUCUUUAACCUACUCCUCCCAUGUGUAAUGAUCUCCUUCCUGGCACCCCUGGGGUUCUAUCUUCCUGCUGACUCUGGGGAGAAAGUGUCCCUUGGUGUCACUGUCCUACUGGCUCUCACUGUUUUCCAGCUCUUGGUGGCAGAGAGCAUGCCACCCUCAGAAAAUGUGCCACUAAUCGGAAAGUAUUACAUUGCAACUAUGACAAUGAUAACAGCCUCAACAGCAUUAACUAUCUUCAUAAUGAAUAUACAUCACUGUGGGCCCGAGGCUAAGCCAGUUCCAAAAUGGGCAAAGAAGUUUAUUCUGCAGUACAUGUCUAGGAUAUUCUUUGUAUAUGAGGUGGGGGAGAGCUGUAGAAGACCGAAACGUGGACCAGAGCCUGGAAAGGUGCCAAAGGUCCAGGAGAUGAAUGGACAUUCUAAAAGGAAGGAAACCACAGCCAUUUCAAACAAAUGUGCAGAGAAUGACGACUCAAAGAGUCCCCAGAAGAUGGAAGAUGUUCUGGGACAUGAAAAUGCUUUUAAAAAGGAUGCUUCCAGUGAAUGUAAGGAGAAUGGGAAAUACUCAGAGAAGGGUGGUGGGAAUGAGAGUGGACACUCAGAGUGUUCCAAGGCCCAUUGUUUGUGCCACAAUGAGCGCUUGCUCAAAAACAUUGAAUAUAUGGCCAACUGCUUCCGGGAGCAAAAAGCAGCUCAAAAACGGACAGGGGAGUGGAAGAAGGUUGCCAAGGUUAUGGACAGGUUCUUCAUGUGGGUUUUCUUUAUUAUGGUAUUUUUCAUGAGUGUACUGAUUAUGGGCAAAGCCAUCUGACACUACACUCUCACCUUUGGGAUCAAAGGCAGCUUCCAUUGGGUCCAUGCAUUCUAAACUUGCUGGUCUUCAAUUCCAUCCUAUGAAUAAGAAAGCCAUUUUGGAGAUCUAGUCUGCAUGUUUCCUGGUGAUCAAGUCAUGUGGCGACUAGUCACUUCAUAUGU